CCAGCACAACAAAGGCACAGCAAGGGUGCCCGCCCAAUAUCAUGCGACGCCAGACGUGCCUGUCCGCCGCCGCGGCCCUCCUGCUGGGCGCAGCGCACGCCAGGAAGCCGUGCCCGUUCUGGGGCCACAUGUACCCCAAGCCCGAGACCAUGGUCGACCAGCCCGAAGUCCGGGCCAUUGCGGGCACGCUCGACGCCCUGUUCUCCCAGCGCGUCGACGGCAGCGCCGAGCUGGGCGCGGCCAACUUCUCGUACACGGUCGAGGUGUUCUCGACGCGCGACGAGCGCCCGCUCUGGUCGCGCUACCGCACGGCGUCGCGCCUGCCGGUCCAGGACGUCGCCGGCGUCGGCGUGCGCGCCGUCGGGCCCGACACCGUGUUCCGCAUCGGCAGCGUCACCAAGGUCUUUACCGUCCUCGCCUUCCUGGCCGCCGUCGGGGAUGGCGUCUGGAACGACCCCGUGACAAAGUUCAUCCCCGAGCUGGCGGCCCUGGUGGCGGGUCGGGGCGGCGUCCAGAGGGAGUCGACGUGGUCGGUGGACUGGGACGAUAUCACCAUCGGCUCGCUGGCGGGGCAGACGUCGGGGCUGAUUCGAGACUACUCGCUGCUGUCGGAGCUAACGUGGCAGAAUGCCAUCAGACCGGAACUCCUGGUCUACUUUGGAUUCCCGCCUCUGAACCGUAGUGAAAUCCCUCCAUGUGGUAGCCUGCCGACGUGCAGUCGAGAGCAGCUAUUUGCCGGGUUUGCGAGACAGCCGCCUUCGUUUCCACCAUCUGCAACGCCGGCAUACUCCGACGUGGGCUAUGUCCUUCUGGCUUGGGCCCUGGAGAACAUCACAGGGAAGAAGUACGGCGACAUUAUCAGACAGUACAUCAUCGAGCCCCUUGGCCUGACCGGAACGUACACCUCGCCUCCGCCCGAGUCCGUCGGGGUCAUCCCAGGGGAAAAGCACUCUACUGGCUGGACAUUAGAUAUGAACCAGGAGGUUAGCACGGGGGGGAUGUGGUCGUCUACACGGGACCUCACCAAGUUGGGCCAGGCCAUCAUGGGCUCCAAGCUGAUAAAGCCCUCCAUGACGAGGCGGUGGCUCAAGCCGGCCACAUUCAGCUCCGACAACCGGGCGAGCGUGGGAGAACCGUGGGGAGUGCGGCAGAUUCCGCUCGUGGGCACUAAUUCUUCAUACCAGUUCGUCACCAGCUUCAACAAGGCCGGCCAGAUCGGCAAGUACGGCGUCUUCCUGGCGCUGAUCCCCGAGCUCGACCUCGGCUUCAGCGUGCUCACGGCGGGCGAGGUGCCGGCCAACCUCAAUAUCGGGAUGACCGAGACGCUGGCGGGCGCCUUCCUGCCGACGUGGUUGGCCGCGUCGCGCCGCGUGGCCAACGAAACGUACGGCGGGCGCUACCGGUCCGCGGCGCUCAACUCGACCAUCCUGGUCACGGCCGGCGACGACAACCACCCGGGGCUCGCGAUGCGCGAGUGGACCAGCAACGGCACCGACAUGUUCCCCAUCGCCCUCAGCGCGGCCGUGUACCUGAACCCGCUGGCGAUCCCAGGCGUACAGAUCUCCAUACGGCUGUACCCGACGGGUCUCGAGGAUAGGCUGCCCGGCGGAGAGGGGCGGCGGCGGGUCGCGUUCAAGGCCAUGUUCGAGGACCUGAGCCAGCCCGAGGUGUCGAGCAUGUACCUGAGCGACUGCGCGACGUGGGUGGCGCAGUCGGGCGCCAUGUGGGGGUCGCUGCCGCUGGACCAGUUCGUGUUUGAGCUGGACGGCGUCGUGGGCGCGGGAGGGCGGGCGCGGCGGGUGCGCAACGCAGCGCUGCGGGCGGACCUGGACUGGGUGGCACUGCGGGAGACGGCGGCGGGGGGAACAUGACGGACGUGACGUCGAGCGGUGGCGGCUUGCUUUUGCCCUCGUCCCUGUCCACUGGGAUAACAACAGCAGCAGUGACAACGACGACGCUGCCGGCGGCAUCAGCCACGGGGAAUGACACCAUGAUGGGCGGUCAGGAGGCGCCGGUGUCUAGUUCCAGCUCUAGUCUGGCGCCACGCGACGAUCACUUGGGGCGGAAAGGGG